UUCAGUUGUUAUAGGAUUUUUUUCUUAUAUUGAAAAAAAUAAGAAAAAAAAGCCGGGCUUUUUUCCGGCCAACAAUCUCAGCGGAGAUGGUAAAUAUGACGCCAGUUUUGGUUUACCUAGAACAAAUUAAGACCGGAGAUGUGUGCUUUCUGUUAAACAUAGACCUGAUACCAUGAUGGUAUAAAAUGUUGCAUGAUCUGUAUGUCUUAGCAAACAACUAACACUGAUGUCUUCUGCCAAAAUUUCUCAGGCAAUGGAACACAAAUCCUUUGCCAUGCAACUUGAAACGUGGAGCUCAAACCAGCUGAAGAUCAGAUUCCUUUUUUGAUGCAGCCUGUAAAAAUAAACGUCUCUUUCGGGAGUAUCUUUUCGGAACGAAGAGCCCGCUAAACAUGUUCAUUAUAAGAUCUUCAAAGUCUCGAUAUUCAUAAUUAUACGUUCAAAACUUUAGGUAGGUCAGUUUUUUAGCUUUUUUCAUGGAGAAAAACAAAGUACUUACGAAAAUGUAACUGUUUUCUGAGCCGGAAGGAAGAUACCACAGCAACCCCUGGGUAAAGAAGGCUGAGCUGCACGGAAUGACAAGUGGUGAAGCUAAGGACAGUAAGAAGAUGGUUUAGUAAAGAGGGGAAUGAUAUUGAGAACUACAGUUCAAAUGUUUUCCUAUGAUCAGUUAUUCCAAGCUUACCAGAAAGACAAAUUUGUGUUGGACUUUUUUCAAGAUCCUGCAGUUGUAUCAAGUCUACAGGUUGUUUCCUCCUCCAAUUCAUGGGGACCUCUUGGUAUCAGACCAUCAUCUGUCACAGCAGAAAUUGUCUCUUGUGCAGUCACAUCAAUGGACUUCUUUGACAGGCUACAAGAACAAGGUAUUGUGCGAGAAUCAGGAAACAUCAAAAAAUGUUUUGAUGAGUAUUUUGAAGACUUUGUUAUUUCUGAUGAACUUAGAAAGGUUUUACUUCUGGAAGAAGCUGAAACAUAUCCAAUAUUUAGCGAUGCCGAUAGAAAUGAAUUCAUUUUCCUGAUUUUUAAGCAUCUCUGUCUUGGUGGGCAAGUUUGUCAAUAUGAGGAUGACAUAAAUCCUUACCUUGAGACGACUAAGAUAAUUUACAAAGAUCUUUUAAGUGUACACAAAGACCCAACCACAAAAAAGCUUCAAGUGGGCUCAGUUGUGCUGAAAGUUUCCGCACAGGACGAAGACGGUUCGCAAGUAUAUCCUUCACUUACGCCACACGAUCAGUCCUUUGCCUAUAUGUGUAUCAACCCUCUAAAGCGACACGUUUACGUCUGGUGUCACUCAUGGUGAUGAAAUCCACCUUAGUAGAAGCUACGCGUUAACAUUUGAAGUUAGGCCCCUAACGCUUUGAAGACGACGGGAGAUGAGUUAUUUAUUGCCAUGUGAACGCAAGGACAGGAACGCUCUUACGGCUUUGGUCCAGUUCACCGUCCAGAGCGCGAACGAAACGGCUACGCACACACUCCGCCCUUGUUCUCGCGCCUUUGUUUGAACCAAGCUCAAGAGAGCGCUUACACCAGACUAGUUUCCUACCGGUUUAAGAUACGAGAGGCUGCGUUUAGUGUUCACACUUACCCAAGCUAACCGUACCAAAGCCGUUCAAAAACUAGAACUCCAAUAGCGAGGCCGAAUUUUUAGGUGGUAGGGUCAAGAAUUUAACCGGUAAGGUGUCAGGACUAGGAUCGUCUACUUUUUCGCAAAAUAGAGAUGUGGUUGCAUGGACAUGCCAGUUUAAAUUUAGUAAAGAAGCAUUCAGCAUAUGAGAGAUUAGUAAAACCACUGACAGUCGCUCUGACGAGGGGCCAACGCUCGAAACGUCAAAAGUUGAUAAAACCAAAUUAUAUGACAAUUUAUUCAGCCUGCUCCGUCAGGCCCGUGUGAACAGAGUGAUUACAUGUACAGUGAACAGUUCCUUGUGAUCAAAAUGCAUGGUUAACUUCUUCACCCGGCAUGAAAUCCGUUCGGUACUGCAAAAAGACAGCACAGUAAUUUUAUGUUUAGAUUAAAUAAAGUAUGUGAGACUUUUGAUCUCUUGUUAGCUAUUUGA